AUGUCAGUGAAGCAACUUGCUGAAUAUGGGGCGCACCAUAUUAACCGUGGAGUAUCUAGAAUGUCCAAUUUGGUAAUUGAGAAGGCGAAAGGUUCGUGGGUUUGGACAGUCGAAGGAAAAAAGUAUUUGGAUUUAUCGACGGGCAUAGGCGUGCUUUCAACGGGUCAUUGUCAUCCAAAAGUUGUUAAGGCCGUACAAGAGCAAGCCGCCAAUUUAAAUCAUGGUCAGGUCAAUAUUAUGUUUCACAAGCCGAUGUUAGAUCUCAUCAAAAAAUUGAAACCGAUCAUGCCCGCUUCAAAUCUCGACACAUUUUUCUUUUGGAAUUCUGGUGCCGAAGCUGUUGAGGCAUCAAUAAAAUUGGCAAGACAAGCGACCAAAAAACAGAAUAUAAUUGUUUUUGAAGGAUCAUUUCAUGGAAGAACCAUUGGCACGAUGUCCCUUACCACAUCAAAAACUGUUUAUAAAGUCGGAUUUGGUCCACUUAUGCAGCCUGGAGUCCAUGUUGCACCAUAUCCUUAUUGUUUUAAAUGUCCGGUACACCGGGCAGCUCCUGAUAAAUAUCACCUGAACAAUUGUUGCAACAACCCAAUUGAUCAAAUAGAAUUAUUAUUGAAACAACAAACCGCACCGCAGGAUACGGCGGCAAUAUUAAUAGAAACAGUUUUAGGAGAGGGUGGUUACGUCCAGCCACCAAAGAGUUUCUUUCCAAAAUUAAAAGAAAUUUGUGAUAAAAAUGACAUCCUACUUAUUCUCGAUGAAGUUCAGUGUGGCUUCGGUAGGACGGGCAAAAUGUUUGCGGUAGAACAUUACGGAAUCGUACCAGACAUAAUGGUUAUGGCAAAAGGAAUUGCAAGCGGGUUUCCAUUAAGUGCAAUAGUUUCAAGGAAAGAAUUGAUGGACAAACAAUUACCCGGAAGUAUGGGAGGAACUUAUUCUGGGAAUGCAGUAUCUUGUGCGGCGGCUAUUGCGACAUUAGAAAUCUUUGAAGAAGAAAAACUCUUGGAUAAUAUCAAUGCCAGAUCAUCUCAAAUAUAUUCCUUACUUGAUAAAAAACUUAAACCUAUUUUACCUUCGAAAGUCGAUGUAGACAUUCGUGGUAUGGGACUAAUGAUUGGUCUAGAAUUUACUGGUGUACCAAGCGGAUUUGCUGCGUCAGUAGCAAAAGAAUCUCUUGAAAAACAAGACAUGAUUAUCUUGACAACAAGUAUUUAUGAAACAAUAAGAUUAAUUCCACCAUUAAAUAUUACCGAGGAAGAGGUGGAUGAUGGUGUGGAGAGAUUAUGUAAAGCUUUAAGUGUAGUCUUGGAAAGACUUGUUAAAGAGGGAAAAGUCUAG